AAAGGUUUUCAUCCCAAACACAAGCACAAACACCAAGCAAUCCAUGGCCUUCUCCUCUUGAGCGAGUUCGUCAACCCUUCUUCUCCUACUCCUCUCCUUCUCACCCUCUCUUUGGAUGCUGUGAUCUGAGGAAGAGGCGGUUCCAAUCUGUAUAAGAAACCAUGGUGAGGCGCCAUGGAUGGCAACUCCCAGCGCACACCUUUCAGGUUGUUGCUAUCACUGUUUUCUUUCUGCUGGUUAUAGCUUUCUACGCCUUCUUCGCACCCUUUCUGAGCAAGCAAAUCUUCGAAUACAUUGCGAUUGCAGUUUACACUCCAGUGGCUGUUGCUGUUUUUGUUCUUUAUGUCCGCUGCACACGCAUUAAUCCCGCUGAUCCAGGGAUUAUGGGAAAGUUUGAUGGUGUGUUCAGUAGCAUGCCGGAUGGCAAUCCGGGUCUGCAAAACAUGAAUCUGCCAGCUAAUUUCGACAAUGUUGGAACUGGAGCGCAUUCUUCUCCCUCGUCAGCUUGUAGGAGUUCUGUGGAUGGUUCUCAGAAAAAAGUGUCAGCUGGAGAUGACAGGAAAAUAGAUAUUCCUGUGGCUCCUCCUAGAAAACGCUCAUCCCCUUGCUGCAUACUCGGUGCGCUAAUCUGUUUACCUUUUGCAAAAGAUGAUUGCCGGAAAGAAGAUGCUAAUGAACAAGCUGGUGGGGAGGAUGCUUUGUUCUGCACACUGUGCAAUGCUGAGGUGCGUAAGUUCAGCAAACAUUGUAGAAGUUGUGAUAAAUGUGUGGAUGGAUUUGAUCAUCAUUGUCGGUGGUUGAAUAAUUGUGUGGGGAGAAAGAAUUAUAUCACAUUUAUAUCACUGAUGGCGACAAGUCUGGUUUGGCUUGCGAUUGAGUUUGGGGUUGGAGUUGCUGUUCUUGUGCUCUGUUUUGUGGAUAAGAAGGGCACAGAGAAAAGCAUUGUUGACAAGCUUGGAAAUGGUUUCUCUCGUGCCCCAUUUGCAACUAUUGUGGCUAUCUGUACUGCAGUUUCAUUAUUGGCUUGUGUGCCACUGGGCGAACUAUUCUUUUUCCAUAUGAUUUUGAUUAAAAAGGGCAUCACAACAUAUGAGUAUGUGGUGGCGAUGAGAGCCAUGAGCGAGGCACCUCCGGCAUCUCCGGAAGAUGAGCUUAGACAGUGGGCCCUUUAUUCUCCGACUAAUUCUGCCACCACUGGCAUAAGCGGUGGUAGUUCUCUUGGUCUACAAUACAAAGGCGUUUGGUGUACUCCGCCGAGAGUGUUCGUUGAUCAACAGGAUGAGAUUAUCCCGCAUUUGGAACCUGGGAUGGUACCUUCGACUGUUGAUCCGGAUGCUGCUGGAAAUGCAGAUAGUGGAAUGAAGUCUAAAAGGGCAGUUAAGAUUAGCGCUUGGAAACUCGCUAAGUUAGACUCUGGUGAGGCAAUGAAAGCAGCCGCAAAAGCCCGAGCAUCCUCUUCUGUUCUCCGGCCAAUAGAACCUCGUAGGUUACCGGACGGUGAUCUCAGCUCUAGUGGUAAUGCCAGUGUUCGAAGCAGUACAAGCAUGGAUUACAGUGCUCAUAAAGAGUUCAAGUCUCAGUUGAAACCGGAUUCUUUAAAGAACUCAUACCCGCAGAGUAUUGCAAGCAAAGAGGACUAUGAAAGUAUUACACCAUCUGCCAGUAGCUUCAGCAGUCCCGGUCCCAUUCAUGAAGCCCCUGUGGUCCUCAACCCUCUUCCUUUGCAGCGUUCUCUUCCCGAUCGCCCCUUGAUUCAAAGAGGACCGAUACUGAAUACUCAGCUCACCAACCCGAUGUUUCAGACCGCCACUUCCCUUAUCCGGGAGAGCAAAAAGGCAUCGGUUGUUUGGGACCAAGAAGCCGGCCGAUAUGUUUCAGUUCCUGCAUCGUCUACUAGAACUGAACCUAUGAUUGAUGCACCCGUGAGAACUUCUCGUGUUUCCUUGACAAACACCACAGCUGAAACAAGUAGUGGUCAUGGAAGAAGGCCGAGUUUUCCAAGUACUUCAGCGCCCGCUGCUCCUGCACAACAACCGGAGAGACUAAUGUACACUGGACAGUCGAUAUUCUUCGGCGGACCUCUUCUAAAUGAAGGAGGCUCAAGGCUGAGAUCAGAGACCGAAAGGGAACCAAAUGCAGCUCGCGAAUCAACUGUAGAGAGGCGGCAAGUUUUAAAUCAGUUCCCAGUGUUCGCCCCCGGAACUUUGCCAAAGAGAGCCCCCGGAAACACCAAGUAGUUUUCGCCUUAGAGAUUACAUGAUGAUCAAGUGCUUUCUUUCACAGAGCUGUCUCAUUUCAACACUGCAGCGACAAACAACCAUCGACACGAACUGCAGCUUGACUUAGAAAAACAAACCGAAAAGCUUGGAUUACUAACUCGAAUUCCGCUGCUCAUAGCUCUAGAUUUCGGAAAUUAUAUUUCGGAAUGAUGGAUAUCAUUUUCUGUACAUUGAUACUCUUUUUCAUGUGCCACAUUUAGUUAAAUCCUUUAGGAAAUAGGUGAGAAAUUUUCUUGCCUUCUUUUUCAUGCUUGAAUGGAAGAGACAAUACAUUUUUA